AUGCUUGUCUUCUCAUCUCCUCUUCGACUCCAGAGUAUUGUCGUAUGGUCCCAAACAUCUCGACAGUUCAACUCCUUGCCUCCAUUUAUAAAGCAGAACCAGGUGAAGAAGCGGUCUGGAGUCACCAGAAACAACACCCCGCUGUUCCUUAGGAACCAUACUAAUACAAAGAGCACAAAAAAUGACAUUGAUUUUGACUUCCAGAAUGAAUUUUCACCACCAUCAACAUCGGAGGAUCCGAGCAGAGGAGAAACGGAUUUUGAUAGAAACCCUGAAUUUGCUGAAAUUCUUGGUUCUUGUCUUGAUGACCCACUUAAAGCUCGUUCUAAAAUGGAAGAAAGAUUGAGGCGUAAAAAGAACAAAAUUUUGCACACGAAGACAGGUUCAGCUGAACCCAUCAAGGUCACUUUCAACAAAUUUGAUUUCUCGAACUCAUAUAUAUGGUUUGAAUUCUACAAUGUACCAUUGGAAAACGAUGUGUCCUUAAUUUGUGAUACAAUUCGAUCAUGGCACAUUGUUGGGCGUCUUGGUGGAUGCACUUCCAUGAAUAUGCAACUGUCACAAUCAACUUUUGAAAAAAGACCUAAUUAUGAUGCCAUUCAGGGAGCAAAUGUGACACCGUCCACGUUUUACAACAUUGGAGAUUUUGAGAUUCAAGACAACUUGGCACGUGUAUGCUAUGUUGGAAUCAAGCAAUUGGUGUUUGGUGGAUCUGAAUUUGAGAAUUGGAAGGAGAACCUAACCUCUGAGUAUCCAGAGAAAGAACGAAAGAUGGCAGGGGUUGGCGUUGGGGUUACCCUAGAAGAGCUCAAGAAGAAAAUGGCUGACUUUGCAAAAGAAAGAGAUUGGGAUCAAUUUCAUAGUCCUAGAAAUCUCCUUUUGGCCCUGGUGGGAGAAGUAGGAGAAUUAUCUGAGAUAUUUCAGUGGAAAGGAGAGGUACCAAGAGGGCUCCCUGAUUGGAAAGAAGAGGAGAAAGAGCACCUCGGAGAGGAGCUAUCGGAUGUGUUAUUGUACCUUGUUAGGCUCGCUGAUGUAUGUGGUGUUGAUCUUGGUAAAGCUGCCAUGAGAAAGCUGGAGAUCAAUGCCAUCAAGUACCCGGUUAAGCUUUGUAAGGGCUCCUCAAAAAAGCACACGCAAAUGAAUGCUGACAACAACAACAACAACAACAACAAUGCUAGUGGUGAUGGUGUCACAGGGAGCAUUUAUAGCGACCGCGGCACAGGGAACAGUAAUGGUGUUUGA